CCGGAUGUGAGCGGGAGGAGGAGGAGGAGGAGGCGCCGCGGCCGCCAUCUUUGCCCAGAGCGGAGCAGCGAGCGCGGAUCGUGGCUGAGCCGAAGCCGCCGGACCAUCGGUCUCCAUCCGCCCCCGCGCAGCCCCCGCCGCCCUCCUCGCCCCGCGGACAUGGACGACCGGGAGGACCUCGUCUACCAGGCCAAGCUGGCCGAGCAGGCCGAGCGUUAUGACGAAAUGGUGGAGUCCAUGAAGAAAGUGGCCGGGAUGGACGUGGAGCUGACGGUGGAGGAGCGGAACCUCCUCUCAGUGGCCUACAAGAACGUGAUCGGGGCCCGGAGAGCUUCCUGGAGGAUCAUCAGCAGCAUCGAGCAGAAGGAGGAGAACAAGGGCGGGGAGGACAAGCUCAAAAUGAUCCGGGAGUAUCGGCAAAUGGUUGAGACUGAACUGAAGCUCAUCUGCUGCGACAUCCUGGACGUACUGGACAAACACCUCAUUCCAGCCGCCAACACGGGCGAAUCCAAGGUUUUCUAUUAUAAAAUGAAAGGGGACUACCACCGGUAUCUGGCCGAAUUUGCCACCGGGAACGACCGGAAGGAGGCUGCCGAGAACAGCCUGGUGGCCUACAAAGCGGCCAGCGACAUCGCCAUGACGGAGCUCCCCCCGACGCACCCCAUCCGCCUCGGCCUCGCCCUCAACUUCUCCGUUUUCUACUACGAAAUCCUUAACUCUCCUGACCGUGCCUGCAGGUUGGCCAAAGCUGCGUUCGACGACGCCAUCGCGGAGCUGGACACGCUGAGCGAAGAGAGCUACAAGGAUUCCACGCUGAUCAUGCAGUUGUUACGCGACAACCUGACACUAUGGACUUCAGACAUGCAGGGAGACGAUUCUUAAAGGGAACUUCCACCUCUCCAUUUUCUAAAACCUCUACUUUGUGAAGAACAGAGUAAAGAAGCGCUGCAAGACGUGGAAGACGAGAACCAGUGAGACACCAUCAAGGCCAAUAAGAGACCCCCCCCUCUCUCUCUGUCCCCCCUCCCGCCUCCCCUGCCCCCAUCCCAUAAUAAUAAUAAGCCCCUCCGUGUCCCUGGGAGCGCCAUCUUCCCCGACGUUCACAGUGGUCCCCCUCCCACCCAAGAAUUUAGGUUCCUGUCCUGUUGGUUUUUUUUUUUUUACACAGUUCUAAACGUUCUUUUGGGGGGGGGGGGAGGCAAGAGUGAAUGUCUGUGGGUUUUACUGGUGCCAGCUUUGAGUUUCCUUGAAGACACUACUAUAAACCGGAAGCUUUUUUUUAGGGUCCCCCCCCCCCCUUGCAUCUCUCUUUCUCUCUCUCCUGUCUUGGUCUUCUGUCUGGAAGCCAUUAAAAAAAAAGAGAUCUGUGGCGGCAUAUUUUUUAUUAUUAUUAUAAUUAUUAUAAUUGUUUGAUCGAUGUUUUCAGGGGGGGAAAAAAUUGGGGUGGUUGUUUAGCUUUUUGGGGAGUUUAAACAGUUUUCCUUUUGGGACAGUUUUUCCUUGUAGUGGUUUUUUUGCCGUACGAAACGAGCGCUCGAAAAGCUUGCCAUUAAAAAAACAAAAACGUAAACAAAGAGCUUCACGCUUGCCGUCGAAAGCAAAAGCGCAGCCGGUGAGUUCAAAGCUGCGCCGAGACGAUAAGGACGAUGAUGUUGUUGUUGUUGUUGCCGCUGGUCCAACGGUUCCACGAAUCCGUGGCUCUUCAUUCUUGCCUUCCCUCCUUUGAGCAGGUUGGCAUCGAUGGAGAGAGAGGCCUGCAUGUCUGCCCCAUAGUCUCCUCCUCUCCCUCCCUCCUUCCUUCUUUCUUCCUCCUUCGCUCUCUCUCUCUUCUCUCUUUCAUUCCGUUUUGUGUCACUUGAAGCUAAUUUGUACUACUGGAUUAUCUGACUGGAGCCGCCGCCGCCGCAGGGACAGGACCUGUCUCGUUCUUACUGAAACACAGCAUGGAAUUUAACAUUAAAACUUAAAUAAAAACGACCCUAAAUUAAA